UUAAACCAAGGGGCUGAAUUUAUUAAAUACUUCUAGUAGUAGUAGUCUCUCGGUAACAGAGGAUGACGAUUGUCUUUGUGUGUUUUUGUGCACAAAGACACUUGUGCAUGAAGAUUUAAGUGGAAAAGUCGAUGCACAGAGACAGUCCCACUCUCUCGGUGUUGGAAGCCUGGGUCCAGUGGCACGAAAAGUCAUUACACCUGGAGACUUCCUCAGCUGCAUUGGAUGGCUGUGUUGUCUUUUGUGCUCCAACACGCCCUAAGCACUCCACAGUGCCUUUCUGUAUCGCCAUCUCAGCCGUUGAACCUUCUUAUUGGUUUCUUCCGUCUGUUCAGCCAAAGCAGUCUUCACAUGCUGGGUGAGCAAAGCCUUAGUUCACCAGGGGUCCACAAUGACCCAAUGACUACCCUCACAAGGUUUGGCCGGCCUGUCGAAGCCAUUGCCCAGGGUGUGGCCGCUGUUGCGUGCUAUCAGCUACUGGGAGCCACAAGUGAGAGCUGGGUGUCAGGUGAGGAUCAAAGGCUGGAGAGCUGCCCUAGGAGGGCACGACAAGCCUUCCAUACCAAAGAUAUUACUCCUCCCUGAGCACCCCAUACAGCCCUAAAUACUUCUAUAUACUUUCUAUUAUUGUAUGUAACACCAUAAAUAGCAAUGCACUAUUUUUUCUUCCUGUUGUUUGUUUGUUUUUGGUGUUCAUGGGAAUUUGUCAGUGUUUGUCAGUUUCAAAAUUGCAAAAAAAAACCCUAAAAUUAUUAUCAAAAUAAAUAAAAGUCAUCAUCACUGAAUGCAAAAUGAUGGCACAAAAAAGGCAGGAGACAUAGAGGUAAACAGAGUCUCCUAACUCCCAGCCUCUGCUCUCCUGCCCACAGCGCAGGUGCUUUUGAAUCUAUUUUCAUUUCCAUGCUGUUGUGACCAAAGAAGGCUUGGAAGAGGCGGGAGAUGGAGGCUUUCCUUCCUGGCACAGGUGAGGACCACAGAGGUGGGCACUGCAGACAAACUCAGCCUUUGGUUACUUUAUUGACCUUUAAAUGUCUUCCUGCAUAUUCUUUAUUAUUAGGGAUGGUUCUCCUAGGGAGGGAAGGAUGCCAAUGGAAAAUCUCAGGGAGGUAAAAAAGGGAAAGUAGUCCGCUGGGCUAGGUGGAGGCAAAACCGGGAUAGGGGAGGUUUAUCUUCUCUGCUCCUCCUGCCUCCUUCUACUUUUCUCCCCAAUUUGUUCCUUCGCCAGCAUCCUCGACCUGCAGAUCUCUGCACAAUCCCUCCAUACACUCCCUCUCCACUUCCGCCUUAAUUUCCUCCAAAGUUCCACCCACUCCAGAACCCCGUAACGCCUUUCCUCUCCUCCUUCACCCCCACCCCCACCCCCUACGACUGGUCUUCCCAAAUCCUUUGUGUUUACUCAUUUACUAGCCUUGUUUCCAACUUCUUAAAAGAAUGGAGGCUUCCAGAGGGCUACUUUCCCUUUUUCUUUGUAUCCUCAGGGAAAUGCUUUAUCUGGCGCGUAGCUUGGCACACAGCAGGCGCUUAAACAGUGCACUGAAUGCUUUAUCUGCCGCGUUGCUUGGCACACAGUAGGAACACAAAGAGUGCAUGUUGGCUGACUGGCUGUGUGGCCACGGCCGUAUCACGGCCUCUCUCUGCAGGAGGCCUUUGGACUGGAUGGUCUCUAAACACCACUGUUUUCCCGGGAGGAUAGGAUCCGUUCCUGGGAGGAUAGGAUCCGUUCCGGGGAGUUGCCGCGCUGCACCAUCCGGGUCUGCGCUGUUCCUACGGGUGGCUUGGACGCAAGCGCAAAAGCACUGGUCAGAGAAUGGCAGCAAAGCGCAUGCUCCAGGAAAGCGCGGCCUCUAGGUCUGCCCUCACCAAUAUGGCCGCUCGCAGAACACGCCUCCCGGCCCUCCCUCGGCGGGUCGCUGGUCUGUGACGUCUUGGGCGCGCCGACAUCCACAGAACCCGGCAGCUCCACGUGGAUCGGGUUCUGGUGGUCUCGGCUCGACUCUGCUUGGCCCCUGGAGGAGAUGGAGACGCCCCGGAGGAGAAGCCGGCGCCUGGAAGGGUUGGAGGCCGAAAGCCCUGCGACUCCGGCCACGCCGUCCCGGGGGCCCCGCAAAGCCCGGCGCGCUCUCCUGGGGUCCAAGACCGAGGCCGCUUUAGAGCCGGUGCCGGAGACGGCGACGGGAGAGGGCGAGGAGGGCCCGGGGAUCCCCAAGAGUCAGAGUCUGGACGUGGGGACCCCCAAGAAGAGGGCUGAUGACUUGGGCUCUCCUCAGAGACAGGCCCGGGGGCCAAAAUCCCCUCAGAAUCAGUCAGGGCCCUUCCUUGGGUCCCCUAAGAAUAAGAACAAGGACUUGGGAUCCGCCAGGAGAAAGGAUCAGCUCCCGGGGUCCCCGCGGAAUCACCCGCAGCCCGGUCUGGGGACCCCCAAGAGACAGCAGAAUCAGCAAGCCAGGGGCACCCCAGAUGAGAAGAGACACGGCCCGGAAUCAUCCCAAAGCCCCAAGAAGCCCCGCCUGGGGUCCCCUAAGACACUUGAGGCUCAAGGCUCGGGAGGGGAGCCGUUCUCCAGACCACCUCCAGAAGCCAGCCCAGCAUCCCCCCAAAGUCCAAGAGACAAGGGAUCAGGGUCCCAGAAAGGACAACCAGAGCCUGGCACAGAGAGUUCCUUGGGUCAGCCUGAGCCAGUGAUCCCGAAAUCGGGAGCACUGCCUCAGGAUGGUGCUGCAGAGAACCUGGCCCCCAAAACCAAGAAGCGGGGUGGCUCCCCCUCACCCACCUCAGCACCCAAGAAGCCCAAGCCAAAGGAAGUGCCAGUAAUCCCCAAAGGGAAGCCCAAGUCUGGCCGAGUGUGGAAGGAUCCCAAAAAGAAGAGGUUCUCCCAGAUGGUACAGGACAAGCCACUGAAGACAUCCUGGGAACGCAAGAUGAAGGAGCGGCAAGAGAGGAAGCUGGCCAAGGAUUUUGCCCGACACCUGGAGGAGGAGAAGCAAAGGCGCAAAGAGGAUAAGAAGAGGCGGCGAGCGGAGAACCUGAAGAGGCGCCUGGAGAACGAGCGGAAGGCCGAGAUCGUCCAAGUGAUCCGGAAUCCUGCCAAGCUGAAGCGAGCCAAGAAAAAGCAGCUGCGUCGCAUCGAGAAGCGGGACACGCUGGCGCUGCUGCAAAAGCAGCCCCCGCAGCGCCCGGUGGCCAAGGAGUGAGCGGCCAGCCCUCUGGGGACCCGCCAUGGCCGUGGGGAUUCCAUGCGCACUGACCGACUGGACGGCGAUCCCAAGGACAGCGCUGGAGGGGGCCCAGGCUUGAACCCUGGCUCCUGGGGGGGGCCUCAUUUGCCCCCCUGCACAAAAGGCUGAGAGGCGGACCAGGGGAGGGAAGCAGGAAGCAUAAAGACUCAAGGCCCGGACACGUCCUACUUUAUUGUCUGCCGCUGGGCAGGGAUGGGGAGCUCUGGGCCCCUGCUUGGGCAGGUGGCUGCCAGCCCCGAGCUCUGGGCCCAGGGCAGGAGCUGCAUUUUUCCACGUGCCUUUAAAUAAAGCUAGACUGUGGUGGAGGGGAGGCUGGGACAGUUCUGCGGAAGUCCCGGAUCCCUGCUCUGUGUAGGAGAAUAUGACUCAAUAAACUAUAACCUCGACCGUGUUAAGGAUUCCAUGA